AUGUGGUUUACAGGUCUCUAUACUAUGGGAAAGGACAAGCGGGGUAUUGAAAGAGGACACCGCAUUGAGUGUGAAUGCGACGAAUAUGAAAGUAGUGCGGUACGAUGCGACUAUUGUGGCCACACACCUAUGAGUCAUGUUCCCUUUGACCCCAAGAGGCCAAGAUAUGACGCGACACCGGGUGCGACACCAACCAGAGAGGUAUCUGUGGAAACAAAUACAGUUUCUUUUUCGGUGGUUAAAGAAGAUGGACCUCAACCUGUUAAAGAAAGGCUCGACGAGGGAUUAGCCAGAGAGGGACCAGAACAACUGACAAAUGCAAACGAUACACCCGCAGCACAUCAACCGGAGAGGGCAAGCCACGGCGAGGAGUUUGCCGAAAAGGGGGCAGAUGCCAGCGGCGCAGAGCCCACAAAAGAAGCAUCUGUCAUAGAGGUUGAUACAAGUGUCGAUGAUGAGGUUCUUCGCUUUCAGAGGAAAAUCGACGCCGUCACAAAAACCAGACGAUUCGUUAUCAGCAAAAAUCACGGAAAGCUUUUCGCAUUUUGUAAUGUGUGCAGUGUGAAGAUGGUUGCCGGAAAAGAGCACAAGGGCCAGGAUAUGUUCCUGAUUACCCAGCAUAUGGCCACUGCAACACAUAAAACUAAUAAAGCCAUUUGUCUCUCACGCGAGAGCGAAAUUCCCGCAGCGAUUCUCGAAGUACAAAGGCAAGUAGAAGACAAGUACCCGCGCGUAUUUUCCUUCACCAAGGCCUCCAUAUUGUGCCGUGCCUGUAAGGUUGAGUUCUCUGCCACGCACAAAGUCGUGUUAAGUAACAUCAGGCAGCACGUAGACAGUCGUGGCCACAAAGAAAAGACCGGGAAGACAAUAGCAGCAAGUUCAAAGGAUAUUUCAUCCUUUUUCACCCGCAAGAUUCCUGCUAACAAGGAAUGAUCACGACCAGCUAAACAGCUGUGCCAGGGAUUUUACAAAGAAAAAAUAUCUUAUGUAAAUAAUGGAGAAACUGUCGAAGUAAACCCGAAAAUUCUUUUGCAUGACCUGAAACCAGGAGAAGAUAAAGGGAAUGUGUCGUGGUACCCGGAACCUUUCUUUGCUUUAAAUGAAACGGGGCAUGAGAAGACAACAGGAACAUUUCGAAGUAGUAACUGUUUAAGGGCAGCAGAUGCAGGAACAUUUACGGACGAUAUGUGUUCAGCUUGUUCGAAUAUACCCAAAUUAGAAUCAUUCAGAAAAAGAAUCCUGGAAACAAACAAACGAGACACGACAAGUAUACUUAACGAAUACCUGACUUCCAAGGAAAUGGUGGAAAAGCUUAAAGAACAGAAAGAAAAACUUGAUCAUAAGAAUGACCAGCUUUUCUUCGCAACGUCUACCGCAAUUAGGUUACGAAUACGCGCUGGAAGGACUGUUUCGCGAAAUCUGCACUUUGAAAAGAAUGGUAAACGGUACCGCCCUUCGUUUAAGUUAUUCUUGGAAGUUCUUCUGAUGUUGGGAGGACCCAGAAUCGCUACAUUUGUGGCAAUAAACCUGGGAGGCCCAGAAAUACAUUCCAUCUACCGGUUGCGCAAUCAACAUCGUGUUGACAUAAGUGGAGGGAUUCAAGAAAGCAAUUUAAAGAAACUUGGGCCACUGUACAAAGAAGCCGUGGCUAACAUCACUUCCUCUUCUGUACCUGUCCUAGCUGCAGAGGAUGAGACAGCCAUUAUUGGCCAUGUAACUUACCACCAGGAUAGAGAUGAGCUCUUGGGAUUUUGUGGGGUUAAUGGACAACACCAUGCAUGCCUUGACCAUUUUGCUGUUAAAGUUGGGGAUGGCGAGUAA